CAAACACACACUGAAUGAGAGACGCGCAGCCUGUCCCAGGUACCCGACAAUGUGUUGCGUCUCCGACUAAUGAAAUACGCGCUCCGCGGCGACUCCUCGACAAAAGAAAUACAUCGUUCGAUACUUUGUAACAACCUGGAAUAACACAGCCCGUGUGAUUAAAGCGGGGAAGAAUCGACGCUUUGGAAAUAAAAUCCACCUCCUCGUUGCCAACGUGAAAAGGGGAUUUUGGACGGACAUGAAGACCAAAAAGGGUAUGCUGGCGAUGUCUGGCAGCGAGACGGAGGAUGAGGACAGUUUGGACGUGCCCCUGGACCUCUCCUCAAACGGCUGUGGGUCGGGGAAGAGAAAACGGAGAGGAAACCUGCCCAAAGAGUCCGUACAGAUACUCCGCGACUGGCUCUACCAACACCGCUACAACGCCUAUCCAUCGGAACAAGAGAAAGCUUUGCUCUCCAAGCAAACGCACCUCUCCACACUACAGGUGUGUAACUGGUUCAUAAACGCUCGGCGGCGACUCCUUCCCGAGAUGCUCCGGAAAGACGGCAAAGACCCCAACCAGUUCACCAUCUCCCGACGGGGCAGCAAAGGCGGCGAAAUGCUGAGCGACAACUCACAGUCCCCCAAGCAUGGCCUCCUCGCCAACGGUGAAGACCGCAACGGCUAUGAGCCCGGUUCUCCACACGCGACCACCAACACACCCAUCUCUACCGGUUACCCUAAAAAAGCCCUGUCGCCCAAAACACCCCCCUCACCCGGACCUGUCUUACCCAGACCCUCCGUUAUCUGCCACACCACCAUCACCACAGCCACGCAAGGCAGCCGAGUGCCUGGUCUGGGGGUCGAGGGAGCCACAGAGCUUCCGAUCACAGAGGCAGCAGCCCUGUUCGCAUGUCGCGGGGGUGUGGGGGUGAGCAGCGAGGGCAACCUCAGCCCCCAGAAUGGCCUGUUCAACACACCACCACCCACCCCACCCGACCUCACACAGGACUUCAGCGGCUUUCAGCUGCUGGUUGAUGUGGCAUUGAAGAGGGCCGCAGAAAUGGAGCUGCAGGCGAAACAGCUCCUCGCCUGAAGACAUAAAGAUGGAUGGAUGAAAGAGUUCCAUCGAUGUUUGUUUCUUGCUCCCCCGAUCCCGCGCCAACCGAACUUCACGUGGAGUUCAAAAACUUGACUGAGCAACCGAAAGCAAACAAGCAUGGCCUGAUCAUUUCUAUUUUUGGUAAAUGUAAAUCAAAUUGAUGAGGAUUCCUUUAUGUAAAGCAUUUCAAGGUGCCUUGGCAGUCAGUUCUUUUUUUUUGUAUUCCAUUUAUAUGUAAAUAAAUAUGUAUCUUUUGUUUUGUACACAGGGGACCAAAACCAAACACAGUAAAACAACUUCCUGUUUUAUCCUUGUUUGGAGAAGACGAGUUCUUCUCUUCGUUUCAUUCCUCACGAGUCUUUCUUUCUGGCUCUACGAUUGUCGACUUUGCCUCAUUUUUAGAAAACGCGUCUGAUAAUGUUCACUCUGCCUCAGUUUUUUUGCACAAAAUGGCAGGUCAUCUCAGUAUCGUAUCAACUCUAGCUUUCUCUCCGACAGACUGUAAUCACUACUGCACCGGGUCGUUCUGUGUCUCAUAGAUGUUCGGUUUUUGUAUUUUGUUGUAAAGUUUCAAAUGCUGUCUUUAGUAUUGUUUUCUUUUCAUUUAUCUUGAGGGAUGUUCAGAUGUAGCAGAACCUAUAGUCUGAGAUUUUUCCUCUGAAUACUCAGUGUAGAAACGGCCAGUGAAUGUGCCCACAUGCUCCCCAACCCACCCCUACACACACACACAUACAAACACACAAACGAGCUGGAAGAAAUAACACUACAUGAAUUGUAUUAGAUUUUUUUUGUUUGUUUGUUUAUCAAGUUGAGACCACUUUCAGAGGUUCAAAGGAAAGAAUGGUUUUAUGUCACCAAAAAUAUUGAUUUAAAGGUUUUGGGACCUUAGAACAGUGCAUUUACAGUAGCCAAUGUGACAUGAUGCCCAAUGAUAUGUGACUUCUCCUCCUUACUGUGCAAUGUAUGUGGCAAAUAGGGGUCACAAGGUGUUUAAAUAAAGUUUUGUUUUCUA